AUGGAUCAGUGUGAGGACAGAGAGGAGGGAGUCCUUCCCUCUAAAACCUCCCCGAGGGGAAAACCUGAGAGUCGGAGAGAAGAAGAGAGACAUUCUGGACCUGGUCCUGAGCCCGAGCCUGGACCUGAACCCAGCUGUGUGUCCUUGAAGAGUGACAGAUCAUUGUAUUUCUUUUAUGAUUUUAAAGAUACCCAAUGUUCUCCCUCAGUGAAAGUGGACCAGCAGAUCUCAGAGUCCCCCAGUGGUCAAUCUGUCCAGCAGCCUCAGACCCAGCUGGAUUCCAUCUUUCAGCUGCUGGAGGACGACAUCGUCAUGUUUGUGAAGGACGAGCUGAAGAAGAUCCAGAAGGUUCUGAGUCCAGAUUACCCAGAAUCCUCAGAGACUCUGGAGGAGGAUGAAGAUGAAGAGCAGAAGAGCAUCAGAGAGGCAUUCAUGAAAAUCACAGUGAAUUUCUUGAGGGGGAGGAAGCAGGAGAAGCUGGCUGACCUCCUGCUGAGCAAUACCGUCGCUGCCAUUUGUCAAUCCAAACUCAAAGGUCACCUGCAGAAGAAGCACCAGCAUGUGUCUGAGGGGAUCACUAGAGCAGGAAAGACAACCCUUCUGGAGCAGAUCUACACGGAGCUCUACAUCACAGAGGGAGGGACCGGAGAGGUCAAUGACGAACAUGAAGUCAGACAGAUUGAAGCAGCUUCCAGGAAACCAGACAGAGCAGAAACAGCCAUUAGACGGAAAGACAUCUUUAAACCCCCACCUGGAAGAGGAGGACCAAUCAGAACGGUGAUGACGAAGGGAGUGGCUGGCAUCGGGAAAACAGUGUUAACACAGCGUUUCAGUCUGGACUGGGCUGAAGGCAGAACCAACCAGGACAUCCAGUUCCUGCUUCCAUUCACCUUCAGAGAGCUGAAUGUGCUGAGAGAGGAGAAGUUCAGCUUGGUGGAACUAGUUCAUGGAUUCUUCUCUGAAACCAAAGGAAUCUGCAGCUUUGAAGACUUCCAGGUCACGUUCAUCUUUGACGGUCUGGAUGAGAGUCGAAUUCCUCUGGACUUCCACAACUCUACAAUCGUCAGUGACCCCAGAAGGUCCACAUCAGUGGACGUGCUGCUGACAAACCUCAUCAGGGGGAACCUGCUUCCUUCUGCUCGUCUCUGGAUCACCACACGACCCGCAGCAGCCAAUCAGAUCCCUCCUUACUGUGUUGACAUGGUGACAGAAGUCAGAGGGUUCACUGACCCACAGAAGGAGGACUACUUCAGGAAGCGGUUCAGAGAUGAGGAGCAGACCAGCAGGAUCAUCUCCCACAUCAAGACAUCACGGAGCCUCCAAAUCAUGUGCCACAUCCCGAUAUUCUGCUGGAUCACUGCUACGGUCCUGGAGAAUGUCCUGGAGAACGUCCUGGAAACCAGAGAGGGAGGGGAGCUUCCCAAGACCCUGACUGAGAUGUACAUCCACUUCCUGGUGGUCCAGGCCAAACUGAAGAAGAUCAAGUAUGACGGAGGAGCUGAGACGGAUCCACACUGGAGUCCAGAGAGCAGGAAGAUGGUGGAGUCUCUGGGAAAACUGGCUUUUGAGCAGCUGCAGAAAGGAAACCUGAUCUUCUAUGAACCAGACCUGAGAGAGUGUGGCAUCGAUGUCAGAGAGGCUUCAGUGUACUCAGGAGUGUUCACCCAGAUCUUUAGAGAGGAGAGCAGCCUGUACCAGGACCAGGUCUUCUGCUUCAUUCACCUGAGUGUCCAGGAGUUUCUGGCUGCUCUUCAUGUCCGUCAGACCUUCAUCAGCUCUGGAUUCAACCUGCUGGAAGAUCAACUAACAGCUCACCGUUCUUCAACCGGUUUCUAUCUGAGAGCUGUGGACAAGACCUUAGAGAGUCCAAACGGACAUCUGGACUUGUUCCUGCGCUUCCUCCUGGGUCUUUCACUGGAGAGCAAUCAGAACCUUCUACGAGGUCUUAUGACAUCAAACCAAAGAAGUUCACAAAACAAUCAGGAAACUAUCAAAUAUAUCAAGAAGAAGAUCAGUGAGGACCUGUCUGCAGAGAGAAGCAUCAACCUGUUCCACUGUCUGAAUGAACUGAACGAUCGGUCUCUGGUGGAGGAGGUCCAACAGUCCCUGAGGUCUGGACGUCUCUCCACAGAUGAACUGUCUCCUGCUCAGUGGUCUGCUCUGGUCUUCAUCUUACUGUCAUCAGGAGAUCUGGAGGUGUUUGACCUGAAGAAGUUCUCAGCUUCAGAGGAGGCUCUACGGAGGCUGCUGCCGGUGGUCCAAGCCUCCAAGAAAGUUCUACUGAAUCGCUGUAACCUCUCAGAGGACAUCUGUCCAGGUCUGUCCUCAGUUCUCAGCUCUCAGUCCUCCAGUCUGACAGAACUGGACCUGAGCAACAACGACCUGCAGGAUUCUGGACUGGAGAAGCUGUGUCCUGGACUGGAGAGUACACACUGUAAACUGGAGUCUCUCAGACUGAGUGGCUGUAACCUCUCAGGGAACAUCUGUCCAGUUCUGUCCUCAGUUCUCAGCUCUCAGUCCUCCAGUCUGACAGAACUGGACCUGAGCAACAACGACCUGCAGGAUUCUGGACUGGAGAAGCUGUGUCCUGGACUGGAGAGUCCACAUUGUAAACUGGAUUCUCUCAGGCUGUCAGGCUGUCUGAUCUCAGAGGAAGGAAGUGCUUCUCUGGUCUCAGCUCUGACCUCCAACCCCUCCCACCUGAGAGAGCUGGACCUGAGCUACAACCAUCCAGGGGACUCAGCAGGGAAGCUUCUGUCUGCUGGACUGGAGGAUCCUCGCUGGAGGCUGGACACUCUCAGGGUGGAACCUGCUGGACAACAAUGGUUGAGACCAGGUCUGAGGAAGUAUUCCUGUCAACUCACCAUCGACACAAACACAGUCAACGACAACAUCAAACUGUCUGAUGAAAACAGGAAGAUGACACAUGUGAAGCAGGAUCAGUCAUAUCCUGAUCAUCCAGACAGGUUUGAUUACUGGGAUCAGCUGCUGUGUAGAGAAGUUCUGACGGGUCGCUGUUACUGGGAGGUCCAGUGGAGCAGAGGUGUUUCUGUAUCAGUGAGUUACAGAAAAAUCAGCAGGAGAGGAAACUCUGGUGACUGUAGGUUUGGAAGAAACGAUCAUUCCUGGAGUCUGGACCGUUCUCUAGAUGGUCAGUACCAAGUCUGGCACAAUAACAGAGAAACACCCAUCAUCACCUCAUCUCCAUUUUCAGUCUCUGGCAGAGUAGCAGUGUACGUGGACGUUCCUGCUGGAACUCUGUCCUUCUAUGAAGUUGUCUCUGACAGACUGAUCCACCUCCACACCUUCAACACCACCUUCACUGAACCUCUCUGUACUGGAUUUGGACUCUGGCCCUGGUCCUGGUCUGGUUCCUCGGUGUCUCUGUGCCCAGUUUAGUCUCAAGAGUCCUCCUGUCAGAGAAACUGUCUCUUUUGGAUCCUGGGCUCACUGAUUCUCUUUAGUUUUUUUGUUUAUUGUGUUUUUAUUUGAUCUUUGUCACAUUUAAACAUUAAAUCAUUUACUGGAUUGUUGAUGUUUGAUCAUAAAUUAGAUUUUUAUCUCAUUUUAUUCUUGAUUCUGUCUCUAAAUUCUUUCAUGUUUGACUUCACGUUUAGAUUCUUAAAGUCUUGUUUCUUCACUGAAAGAAAGUUUGAACUUCAAAUCUAACCAUUUCCAUUUUACAUUCAACAUUUCCAGUUUGUACAAAAUUUGAUUGAUUUAUCUCAUUGUUUUAAUUUGAUUCCUUCAGUUUUUAAAGUUGUUGAUGUAAAAAUGAAGUGAGAAGAUGGAAAUAUUAAUAUAACAUCCAACAUGUAAAAACAUCAGCAACUUGUCUAAAAGUAUUCAAGUACUCUUGAAAUAAACCAACAUCAGCGUUAGAAACCAAGUGAAGAUGAAGUGAUGACUCCUCUUCCUCUCUGACCUUCAACUCCUGGGUGGAGGUCACAUGUUCUCCUGGUGCUUGUGUGGGUUUCUCCAGGAACUCCAGCUUCCUCUUACAGCUUCAUCUACAGUCCAGAUCAAAGGAUGGAUGAUGGAAACACUCAGUUCAGGAGGUGAAGGUCCGGGUGGAGCAACCCACACGCAGUUUUGAAAGUGUGCGUCCGCUAUCUCUCUUUGAGGUCUUAUGUGACGUGAUGUUGUCCAUCAUUUUCCUUUUGGUCCACGUUAAGUGGGUUUGUCCUGACACACACACAUACAUAGACACUGAUAAACACAUGUCAUUUGAAGUUUGUGUUUGUCUUU